AGACUGUUAUUACAGGAGAGAAAAAGCAACACAUUUGGCAAGUGUGCAGAAACCUAAGGACUCGGUUUGCUCUGCUUGUGCAGAGUUCCAAGACUGUGUUCAUCUCCAGUGUGUUGUUACUUAUGAUCAUCUUAAGCAGUUUAUUUAGAUGGUUAAUUUUAUUGCUGUCUUUCUGUAGAAUGAUAGAAAUGGAGUAUUUUACUAUCAAAGUGAAAAAAUAUUACGUUUCUGCUGUAAUCUGUACAGAAAUUGGUUUAGUUGUGGCCAGCGUUUCAGAUUAAUUAAACACGAUCUCUUUAUUUGCAUUCUCCCUUAUUCCCAUUUCUAUCUGACUUUCAAUAAUUGUAUGUGAGGACUUUAUGCAAAAUGCCAAGUGAUUUAUAAUAAAAUUUUCAUUUAGUAAGAAAUAAUUUUGAUCCCAGCAUCUUUUUCAGUGCAUAUUUCAAGUUAAUGAUACUAAAUUCAAACUAAGGUUAAAACCGUGACUGUAAAAAUCUGCUUGUGUCCUAGUUUUAAUUGUUUAAUUUAAACAAUUUUAGUUUGGAGUUUAUUCUCCUCUUACAUUCCAUUUCCUUAUUGAAAAAUGAAACAGAUUUUUCAAGGACAGAUCUUGAAACCCUGCUGAGCUUGAUCAUGAGGAUACCACAAAAAAAAAGGAAGGAAUAAGCAGAGCAUUUGGUGCAUAUUAUUAGUUUGUACUGCUCUGUAAAAGCAAAUUUUUCAUGAGUUGGGGAAGUUGUAAAGCUUCAACCAGGGUUUUAGCAGUGUCAGUAUUUACAGUUCAAAGUCCAGGGACUUGUGCUUCUUAAUCACUUAAGUGUUUUAAAAACCCCACUAGGAGUUUCUGAGUGUGUACUUACCAUCGUCUCUUUUCUGAGGGUGGGGCUGGGAAAAUUCUAUAGAGAGAAUCUCUAAAAUUAUUAUUGAUUUAUUGAAAAACUGCAAUAUUUGAAUUAAUGAGAUACAAAUCAGUAGUUAUGUUUGGAAAUGCUGCUGAGGUCAGGUAAUUAGACUUUAACAUUGCACAUUUAAGGAAAAACUUACCUGAGUAGGAAUACUUAAGGAAAAAAUCGUUAAGUUCUUUUCAGUGCCCUGUCUUAUGUCCAGAUCAAUUUUAAGAAAACUGAGUGAUAUUUUAAAGACAUUGCAAAAGGUAUCCUUGAGUUUAUUGUACAUUUUAAUCUAAUGCUGCUUUAGUGCACUUGGUCAAACAGAAAUGUUCUGCAGGAAGUAAUUCAGAAGAAAUUAGAUUAAUUUGGUAAGGAAUAAAAAAAAUAUUUUUAUCUCCUGUAUUAAACUUCUUGAAUUUGAACAGUACAGCACUGAUUUUGGACAUGGUAAUACACUAAAAAAAUGAGUGGUUUAUAUCAACUGUCACAUUUUAGUGCUUGUUUAGUGUGUCUGGUAAUGGUUUUGUUUCUUUGUAGUCCAGAAAAGGUAAAGCAUAGAUCACUCUCCUGUUGUGCUCUGUGUACGUGCACACAACAUAGAAAAGGUGAAUGCCCCCUGCCCAUGGUGCUUCUUGAAGAGGGUGCAAAAUAUUUGUGACACCAGGAGCCUGGAGUGCAGGCCUGAUCACUUACUAAUAGAAUGACAACAGUGAAAGACGUCGCCAUGAUAAUAGUGAGCGCAGAAGAAAUGACAAUGCCGAGUCUGAGACAAAUGGGCAGCCACAAAACAACAUUCAGCAGGUGGUGGAGCAAGAUGAAGAAGAAGAUGAAGAGCUAACACUGAAAUAUGGGGCAAAACAUGUGAUUAUGCUGUUUGUGCCUGUCACGCUUUGCAUGGUGGUUGUUGUUGCAACUAUCAAGUCUGUCAGCUUUUAUACACGCAAGGAUGGACAGCUCAUCUACACUCCUUUCACAGAAGAGACAGAGACAGUAGGACAGAGAGCCUUGAAUUCUAUUCUUAACGCAGCCAUCAUGAUCAGCGUUAUCAUUGUCAUGACCAUCCUCCUGGUUGUGCUUUACAAAUACAGGUGCUACAAGGUGAUCCAUGGUUGGCUUAUCAUUUCUUCUCUUUUGCUGCUUUUCUUUUUCUCAUUCAUCUACCUGGGUGAGGUUUUUAAGACAUAUAAUGUUGCCAUGGACUACAUUACGGUUGCACUCAUGAUCUGGAACUUUGGUGUUGUGGGAAUGAUUUGUAUCCAUUGGAAGGGUCCUCUUCGGCUCCAGCAGGCAUAUCUCAUUAUGAUAAGUGCUCUCAUGGCCUUGGUGUUCAUUAAGUACCUUCCUGAAUGGACUGCAUGGCUUAUCCUGGCUGUUAUUUCAGUGUAUGAUUUGAUUGCUGUCCUGUGUCCUAAAGGUCCUCUUCGUAUGUUGGUUGAAACAGCUCAAGAGAGAAAUGAAACUCUCUUUCCAGCACUUAUUUACUCCUCAACAAUGAUAUGGCUUGUGAACAUGGCUGAGGAAGAUCCAGAAGCCCAACGGAAGUCCAAAAACUCUGCUUUUGGUAAACAAGCUCCGGCAAGCCGGACCCAGAAUGAAGAUGCUGAAGCAGAUGAUGGUGGCUUUAGUCAGGAAUGGCAGCAACAGAGGGACAACAGAAUAGGACCCAUUGAAUCAACACCUGAGUCACGUGCUGCUGUUCAGGCUCUACCCAGCAACUCUCAAACAAGUGAAGACCCUGAAGAACGAGGAGUAAAGCUCGGUUUAGGAGAUUUCAUUUUCUACAGUGUCCUCGUUGGCAAAGCCUCUGCAACAGCAAGUGGGGACUGGAAUACAACUUUAGCAUGUUUUGUAGCCAUAUUAAUUGGUUUGUGCCUUACACUUCUGCUUCUUGCCAUCUUUAAGAAGGCCUUACCAGCUCUUCCAAUCUCCAUAACAUUUGGGCUAGUUUUUUACUUUGCUACAGAUAACUUGGUGCAACCAUUUAUGGACCAGCUAGCAUUCCAUCAAUUUUAUAUCUAGCAGACAUGAUUCUGAAAUGGAUAUCUGUAGCAAAUCUGGGAGGAGGAAAAAUGGUUUUCCCUCAGUUCUCAAGGGAGACUGAAGUCAAAUACUCAAGAUUCCAAGGCGGAAUCAUUACAGCUUCCUCCAAUGGUGGUUUUUGGUUUGGUUUUUUCCCUGAGACAACUGCUGCACUGGGCACCAUAUGAUUUUUCCUGUGUGAAAGUGGCUUCUUCCUGAUGGCCAAUCUAAGCCAGGUGCUGUUAUAUCAGAGGUCAUCUGAUAUACAUAUCUCUGGUAAGGACCACCUGUGUGAAAAUUGCUAAUGCUUCCACCAGCAAUGUGAUCUCUUACCACAGGCUGAUUGUUUUCACAGCGCUAAGGGUGCUCAGGACUUCCUUGAUGUUAACAGAGGAAGCUGACAAAUCCCAUGGAGCUUGUCCCUAUAACAGCUUGAAGAGAGAGAGCCCAAUCUGGAAUUCUUCAGCAGUGACAUUUUGCCAGUGGAGUCCUGACUGUGUAACGGGAAAGGACUUUGUAGCAAUUCGACAAAGGGAGAAAGUACUGUCACUCUAAGAGUGCUCCAUGACUUCAUAGCCUCUGUGCCUGAGUGUGUUUGGUUUAGUAAAUCUAAAACUUUUUCUCCUUUCCCACACUGGAACUAGGACCUCUUCUCAGUUUUAAUACUUUGCAUUCUCAAGCAUGGAGUGCACCUCCUGUACACCUGCUCCUGUUUAUUUAGCUGCUUAGACUUGGACUGAAUUAUUUGGCAGUAGAGGAUCAUAAGGUCCUAAUUUGGAUCCUACAUUCUAAAAGGUUAAUAAACUACAUUAAAAAGCAGUUUUGAGACUUACUCUUCGUGCUCUUGCUAAUAAUUUUGCUAGAACACCAUUUCAAACCCCACAUUUGAAAAUAGUCACCAACAGCACGGACUGCAUCACUGGUGGAUGUUCCUUCUUGUUGACAUUGUUAUGAAAUAAGUAGGUGUUUGCAGCAAUCCCAGAUGGAGUUUAGCUUGCCAGAUCUAGAGAUCAAAGUGCUAUUAGGAGCUCUUCUAUUGCAUCAUUGAAAUUCUUGGUCAUCAAAAAUAUGGUUUAGAGUUCUGUUGACCUGUGUAUUGGUCACUCAGCUGUCUAACAUCUCAGGCUGGCAAGGAUUUUUUUUUUGUGCAGUAUCUUUAUUGAUGAGGAUGCUUAAGUUAAGUGAGAGAUUGCUUAAUGUCACUAAGGAGCAAAAUUUGUGGCUCUCUUCACUUUAAUUACCUCUCUUGUGAGGAGCUGGUGAUUGGCAAAAUGAAAGACAAUUAUCACUGAAAAGAAGAUAGGAGAUCUGGAACUUGUUGUAAGAAGGGUCUGUUCAAACCUUAAAACUGCUAAACUCUGAUUUCUUCAUUUGAAAGAACUCCUUUAUGAAUAAUGGCUUGGAAAUGAGAUGAGUGAGAUGAAGUUGGUUUUGCCAUAAAUUCUUACUAUGUACAAGUAAUGUUUUUUUUCUUGGGAGCCAUAGGGAGUGGAUGGGCAUUCUAUUUUACUUGCAUGUUGAUACUGGAGUCCUUGCCAAGUAGAGCAACUGUCAAAAUCCUAACACUAGCUCCUUUUACCUUUUUCCCCUGGGGUUUUAUUUCAGUGCCUAUAGAUUCAUAGGACUGAAACAUCAGAGAUGCUCAUUGACCAUUGCCCAAGUAAAGAAAGAAAGACUGUGAUGUAUAAAUCUGCUUUAAAACCAAGAAAGGCUUUGUUUGAUUGUCCUUAGUAAUAUAUGUCUUUUCCAGUAUGACUUGUUAACUGUAGUGUUAGCAUUUACAUUUCAUAAAAUACAUUGUCUUGUCUCAUCUAAAGUAUUUUUAUUCAUCUCAUUUGUGUGCUGAUUGAUUGUGUAUAGCAUUAAUAAACCAACUAUAUCAAAAUUGCUCACAGUGACUUUUCAAGUCAAACUUGUUUGUGUUUUCUAGCUUAAAUUACUGUUCCAUAUUUUGUUGCAAUGAAGUCUGACUUAAAACAGGUUGGUUGGUGAGGGUUUUACAGAUCUCUGUUGUCAUUUUGUGAUUAGUUUUUGUGUUUGUUUUUUUUUUUUUUAACAAGACUUUGAGUUGUUUUUAUACCAUUGUAACUUGUUCUUUUCCUGAGCUAAAAGAAAUCCCUCAUAUGUUUUAUUGAGCAUCCCAGCUAUAGUUCCAUUGUAUAGAACCAUUGUAUAGGUUUGCUAGGAGUUGGCAUUGCUAGCAUUUGUGUAUCUGAGCUGGCUCUCAGUUAAGGGUUGACUUAAAUGCAGAAGUCAUCUCUCUUAUUUCUUUUUUGGCUUCGAUAUGCAUCAGGGGAGCAUUACCUCCAUUAAGAGUUGCUUUAGAAUAUGUAGAAAUGUACAAAAGCUUUUUCAUGUACUUGUUAGAUGUGCAACCCAAGGAAGAGCUCAGAACCUUCCAACACUAAACUGCCAGUCUUCCACUUCCCAGUGCUGCUUCUGUAACUCUGAAGUGUUAAUUUCUGAGCUAGUGUAGAGUUACAGUGGUGGAGACUAUAAAAUUUGUAUUCACAAAAGCUGUUCAAGUUUGUUUGAAUCUCAAAAUAAGUUUAGAAGGGAAAUUGCUUUUAUAAGUAGCUAUAUGUUAAAGUACACUGCUUAUUACCAGGUCUUAGGUACACCUUCAAAAACCAGAUGAAAUUUUCAAGGCCAAAUCAUGGUAGCUUGUGUUUCAGAUGAGAUCUUGCAGCUAAGGAUUAUCUCAGAACAGAGGUCCAAAUAAGGUUCAGUGGCCAAUAGGUUUUGUUUGCACUUGGGUUGUUACUACACAAACGUGAAGGUCGUGUCACUUUUCUUUGUCUUGAAACAGUGAUCUAAUUUGAGGAUUCACCUCAGUUAGAUUGUUGUAACUGAAAGAUUUCUCAUUAGUAGUCUACAUUUUUGAGAGAGUUUCCUUUAUUAUUAAAUUAGUAUGUUAAUGACAGCACAUUAGGCUGUAGCUCUGAAAGAACUAUGCUGUUAGCUGAGGAGAGUCAUGCCUUCUGUGCUCAGGCAGAUUGACUUGUAGCUGUUGUGUGGCUGUUCCAGGGUUCAUACUUUGAAACUGGCUAUCACAGUAGCUUUCUCUCCCCUUUCAACUUACAGCAGUAGGUCUCCUUCUUUGGCUAAGAUUCAAUUCAAUAUAUAAAUGAGAAGACAUAAUAGUUUUUCUAAAUUCCAGGCACUUGCAUUUGUCUCUCUCUUUUUUUUUUUUUUUUUUUUUUCUUUUUUUUUUUUUUUUUUUUUUCCUUCUAUGGGGGGAUUUAAUCCAGGGCAAAGAAAGAGACCCCUGGAAGUUGGUUUUACAGCAAAGGCUUAGGGUGCUGUUUUACCUGUGUAUGGCUAAUAUGGUCACACUCAAAUUCAAGUGUCAUCUGUGUGAGGUGCAUCCUGAAGGUGUAAGAAUGUAAUGCUGCAACACAUUCAUGAUGGUUCUGGAUGGGUAGAUGAUGACUUCUUUGAGCCAAAAAAAUCAAGGGCUGUGCUCCACUAAAAAUGGCUGAUCUUCUCAAUGCACAAAGCAGACACAGGCUGUUUCAGGCAUAGGAGGCUGCUGCUUCUCAGAUAUACAGAUAUAUAUCUGUUCCUGUAGACAUACAGAUUCAUGGACUCUGGACCUGUAGAUGACAACUCUUCUGCCAUUAGUGUGGUCAAGGAUUCAAUAUGCAGAAGUAACUUUGGGGUUGAUGGUACUGUUCAACAAAACUUAGCAAAAUGCUUUAUUUCAAAAAUUACUUUGACAGUACAAGUUUAAUAGACUGUGGGACAUGUCUGCACUGUGAUUGCAUCUCAGUGGUAACUUGGUCAUUGGAAAUGUUGAAACAGGAACUAGAAUGGAAUUCUUUUACACUCAAAGCAUUUGCUGUUUUCUUUUUUACAGACACUGGUUUGUACAUAACCUGAAUUAAAUGUGAAUGUUUUUUAAACAUCUUUCCGGUUCUUGAUAAGAUAUGGUUUUGAUAGAUUACUGCAAAUUUUCCUGUAUUUGUCUAAUUAUUAAAAUAAAAGUUGCAUGGAUCCUGA